AUGGGUUGUGGUCUCUCCAAGGAACAGCGGCCCUCUGAGGCCAACUACGUUGGUACCGAGCUCAUUCGCAUGGCUCCCCCCACCCGCCGUCCUGGGUUUCGCCCUGAUUGCUCUCCUCCCCGCGGCCGGGUGAUCCCUAUGCCAGUUGGGAACCCCCCUCUCUACGAGCACGUCAAUGCUGGUCUUCCCGGCAUGUCUCGACCUGGGACCUCGUCUGGGAUCCCCACCAUCCCUCGAAUUGACAUCACUCACGAUGUCAUUGUUGAACAGGAUGAAGCGCUUCCUGUUCUCCCUGCCGGCGACAGUGACCAGGUUGCUACCAACGAGGCUACCAACAAGGCGACGAACACGACCACUGUCGAGGCCGGCAACAAGGUUGCCACUGUCGCUCCUAAGGACGCCAACUAG